AUGCCUGCUGCCAAACUCCCCUUCGAAGUCCCAAUCGAGCCCAUCAACCCUCCAAAGGUUGGUAACGGCGGCUAUGUCAAAUUCAACCCACACUCAGAAACCCUUCCAGCUGGUUGGAAGUUCGAUCAUCCUUCAGCAAAGCCUCUAAACUGCGAUAUUCUUGUUGAACAUGAUGUUGCGUUCAAAAUGCGUGAUGGUGUUACGCUAUACGCUGAUAUCUACCGGCCACCGAACAGUGAUGAGUCUAUUCCUGCGAUCAUCUGCUGGUCGCCUUUCGGGAAGAAGUUCAAUGGUCUUAUGUCACUAGAUCUCAUGGUUCCUUGGAAUCUGGGUAUUCCUCCCAAGACGUUGUCUGGUCUUGAGAAGUUUGAGGCUCCUGAUCCUAAUGAUUGGGUUCCUCGUGGAUAUGCCAUUGUCAAUAUUGACUCUCGGGGCUCAGGAGAUAGUGAAGGAACCAUGGUCAUCAUGGGAACACAAGAAGCCGAAGAUGGCUUUGAUACAAUUGAGAGCAUUGCUAAGCUGCCUUGGUGUAACGGUUCGGUUGGUCUCGCUGGAAACUCGCACCUCGCCAUUGUACAAUGGUUCAUUGCCGCCCUUCGACCUCCCAGUCUCAAAGCCAUCGCUCCUUGGGAAGGUUGCGGCGAUCUGUACCGCGAACAAUUUGCCCGAGGCGGUAUCUACGCUGGCGAUCUCUUCGACAAGCUGAUCGUCAAGUACAUGCUCCAAGGUCACAACGGAAUUGAGAGUUUCCGUGAGAUGUUCAAGAAGCACCCUCUCGCCAACGACUGGUGGAACGACAAGCGUCCUGACAUGAAGAAGAUCAAUAUCCCCACUUACAUCACUGGAACUUGGACCAAUACCAUGCAUGGCAUGGGUGCGAUUCGAGGCUGGCUUGAGGUUGAUACACCUCACAAGUGGCUUCGAUGGCACCCUUGGCAGGAGUGGUAUGACAUCUGGGGUAAUGAGCAAGCCAACCCAGAAUUACUCGACUUCUUUGACUACUUCCUCAAGGGCAAGAAGAACGGCUGGGAUAGUACGCCGCAGGUUCGCAUGGCUGUCUUGAGAUUUGGAAAGAAGGAGCCUCAGUCAUACGAGAACAUUGUCGAAGAGGACUUUCCCAUUCCUAGAACGGACUACAAGAAGAUGUACUUCACCCGGGAAGGUCAACUCUCUCUUGACAAGCCGUCCCAGUCAUCCACUGUUACCUACAAGUCCGAGACCGACGAGCGAGUUAGCUUCACAUACAAGUUUGACAAGACAACAAGAUUAGUCGGCAUGCCCAAAGCCACAGUCUUAAUGUCCUGCCCCGAUCACAACGACAUGGACGUCUACGUCCUCCUCGAAAAGCUCGACGCCAACGGCGAAGUCAUGCUCAACCUCAACAUUCCGUGGAAAGGCAUUCCCAAGCAAUCCUUCGAAGAGAUGGACGCGAAGGAGAAGAUCGAAGUAGUAGUCUACCGGGGUCCAAUGGGUGUUCUGCGAGCAUCGCACCGUGAGAUUGAUGAGAGCAAAAGUAUGCAUCCACACUGGCCUUUCCACCCUCAUGAGAUUGAGGAGAAGAUCAACCCCGGCGAUGUCGUCAGACUGGAUAUUGGUAUUUGGGCUAUGGGUAUUGAGUAUGAGGCUGGUGAGUCGAUUCGGGCCGUUGUUUGUGGAAGGAAUCUGGGCGUGAGCAACUUUGGAAGCUUGGAGCAUAAUGACAAUAAGGGCACGCAUAACGUCUUUUGUGGAGGGGAGAACGCUAGUCAUGUUAUCCUGCCGUUUGUUUGA